AUGUUGCUUCAACCUCAAAGACCAGCCCAAGCACGCACGACCGGCAGCGGUAUCGGCUCAUCCACCUCCACUCGCAAGAAUAGAAGCAUGGCAUCCUUCACUUCCUCAAGCCAUGACGAGGCUUUCGAUGCCUCCUCUUCUUCUCAUCGUCAAAGCGGUUCCUCUCGCGGCCAUCACACUCAGCCUCCAAAGCAGCAGAGCUACUUUAGCUCCCCCCACUCCUCCUCCCUUCCUCUGGACGGAUCGAGCGAUGUCGAGUACUCCAAGUACGGCACAGCUCCUCGUCGGACCAAGAAACAAUCAGCUGCAUCACAUGGCUCUAGGAUGACAGCAAAAUCCUCUUCCUCCAACUCCGACGUGGGCACCCUUCGCGGUCUCGGUCGAAAGCUGUUUAACCGCUCGACUUCGAACUUGAAAGCAGCGCCGUUGUUGGCUUCAAGAUCGCAAUCGGCAAGUAGUAGCAGUACUACUCAGUCUCCGCCAUUGACUCCUACUACUCCGCCCCAGCAGCAGGUGCAGCCUGUUUGGUUGCCGAACGGCCAGAAGGAUUUCUUUUCCAACUUUGCAGGAUUGCCUUCCGAUAUCAGCGUGCUGGAUGUGAAGGAGGUGGCGAUGACCGGUGUCAAUCCGAAGGCGAGACAGGAAGGCUUUCUUUCAGAUAGUGAAGGUGAGUAUGGGAGGAAUAGUAUCAGUCGUGAUGCGGGAGGGAGCAGCUUCUCGCAUGCCUCGCCGAGUUUUGUUUCGAUUCCUUCGGUGGGUCAUAGUGCGUCUCCGUCUGCGUUCGCCAGUGGGGCGGUAGGAGCAAGGAGAGAUAUUCCAGCAGUGAUUGAAGAGGAGGGCGAUUCCGACUUUCUCCGUGCGGUGCUGAACUUCGGGGAGGGUGGUGAAGAUGGAUUGCUUUCCUCGCCCUCUUUCCGUGGUGGGCGCGCAGCGCCUUUGCCUACACGGUCGAGUUCGUUGGGUCAGAUCGCUGGUGCAACGUCAAGUCGUAGUGCCAGUAGUUUUGCGACUCCUUCUCCCAGAGUCCCACCGAAACGUGCAGCGGAUGGAAGGGUCAUUUUGACCCAAGAGGCGGCGAAAGACUUUGCGGUCGAGAAGGAGAAGCCUUCCUACGUGACAAUGCACAAAAAGUAUAGGAAAGGUCUCUUCGGUGCAACGGAAAGUGAAAGCGAGGACGAGUAUGGAACUGAUGGAGAUGAGGAUGACGGGGAUAUCACCGCGACCAGCCUCCCUAGGUCGGCUUCAGCAUCACAAAACCAGCAAGCGGAAGCAGUCAAGGAAUCAGCGGUAAAGUUCCCUUCCUCCUUCGUCAGGUCCCCUCGAACCCGCUCUCCCACCAACGAGGCCGAGUCGAAUACCCCACGACCAACAGGCCUAGACUCAGCAGCCAAGAAGGCUCUCUACAACUGCACCCUUCUCAAAGUCCACCAGCAUCUCGCUUCCACCCUCGCUUCCGAUCCCUCCCACCGCUCUCUCAUCCCCGCCAUCUACUCUGGUGAAACCCUCUAUGAGACCAAGGACCUCCGAUUUCCACGAUCAAUCAACUCGGCAGACAAGCUUCGUCAGCAUUCCAGCACACACAACUUCUCCCGCAAUCUUCACGUAGCACUCGCGCGGACGGAAUUGAUGCGGAAAUUGCGAAGGGACAAGUUGCCUAUCGAACAAGAGGUCGAGAUUAGCUGGUUCCAACGCAGAUACGGCAGUACGAGUAUAUCGGUUGAGAUGGUAGGGAAAGCGUUGAAGCAAAGACAGAUGGUUAGUCCUGAGGCUUUGGCUAAGCCGACUAUUGGUGCUCCUUCUGGUGUGGUAGCUGGUGCUGUUGGAGGUAGGAGGGGGAGUGGAGAGAAGAAUGGGAUUGUGAGUUGGGCUGAGAGGAGGUCAUUUGAGGAAAGGGCAAUGGUGUUGUUUCCGGUGGAAGGGGUGGAGGUUGGAGAGGUGCUGAUUGAGGGUGCGAGGGUGGGAAUGACUGCUAGGGGGAGAAUUGGUGGUGUUCCGGCUGUGGGGUACUCGCCCAGAAUUCGAGUGUUGGCAGGAUUGCCGACGAUGGAAGAGGAGAGGAGGAUGAGGUACCCCGAGGUGAUCACGAGGAAGUUCAGGCCGAGGGAUAUGCAGUCUAAGCGUGCGUCGACGGUUUCGGUCAGUGAAGGUGGGGUUUGGGAAGGGCCGGCUCGAAAUGGGAGGACCUCGAGGGAGUCUCUGUUGGCUUCGCCGAGUCAGAAGCAGAAGAGGUUGGCUCCUUGGCUGACGCCCAGUCCCCAACAGCUGCAGUUGUUGUCACCGAGGUUAACUGCACAGCCUCGAACUGCGAGAGCUGCCUCCGAAGGUCAAGCUCAAACGGCGUUUGUUACUACGCAUCGGAACAGCAGCACUGCGUCGAUCCCUGAGGUGAACGAGGUCGUCGAAGAGCCCAAGUCCACAACAGAGGGAAAGAGCGGAGAUAGCAGCGACGAAGAAGUACCCCUAGCACAGCUUCAGGUCUUCCGCGCUCAGCGAGCCAUCGAGAAAGAGCGCAUUCAGAAACUCGAAUCCGAACUUGCGAUGCUUCGACAGAAAGACCAAGAGCGGGGGAGAGAAGAGGAAGAGCGCAAAGCGCGCAAAGCGCGCGAAGAAGAAGCUCGACGCAUCGAUGCUGAGCGAGCGUACGAAGAGUGUAAAGCUGCAGUCGAAGCAAAGAGAUUGGAGAAAAACAGGAAGAUCUUACAGGAGGCGAGAGAUAGGAGAGGGUUCACUAGACAGAGUGUUUUGCUUGCUGAGCCCAACUAUGGUGCUGGUAAUCCAUUGCUAGCACACAGUAGGCCGACUGUCAAACAAGGCGCCAGCUUGAGUUCGUCAAGUUCGCCAAACCUGACGAUGGAUCCGCCGACUAGUUCGAGGGCAGCACAACAGAGUACAGCGUUGGCAAAGUUGCAAGAUAAUCCUCUUGCUUCUCGCUCAGCCACUUCGCUUUACAUCCAGCAAGAGGGACAAAGGAGGUCAAGGACUUCAGUGAUCGUGUCUCCGGAAGCUAAAGCUGCAGUUACACCCAUGGCCAGUCCCAGAGUGAAACCUUCACCCACAAUGCCUACCGCACAGAUGGAAAUCCAGCGUCAAUACUCCAUGGCCUCCCUCGCACAUCGAGCCAGCAUGGCUAUCUUCCCCGUCUCUCCCCAGAUCACACAACGUCAGACAUCACUCCUACCUCCACAACCCCUCCAUCACACCACAAGCAUGCAGCAUCUCUCACAACUCCCUAGCUUACCGAACAUGCUAGCCGCAAGCCCAACCGGAUUCUUGCAACCACUCCAACCAGCAGCCAUGGAUCCAAGGCAUCCGAUGAGUAUGACCAAUCUCCAUGCUCAGGUCUAUAUGCAUCAGCAGCAAAUGCAAAUGGGGAUGGGGAUGGGAAUGGUGCAGAAACCAGGGAUGGCGCAGACAGCGAAAGUGAGUAGUAGCAGUAGCCCGCCGUUGCAACCAUAG